AUGCGCCUGGGUCUCUUGCUGCGAGCCAUGCAUGCGGCUGCGUCGGAAGUCACCUGCCCAAGCAGCGGCCCAAGCGGCCCAAAGCUGCAAGAGAUGUUCUUUGUGGCUGCCAGGGAACAUGGCCAGGAACGCGAUGACCUGCCAGUGUGGGCUUUGCGGCCUGAGAUCACUCCAAACCAGGCUUUCCCUUUAGCAAGCGACCAUAGCCAUAUACGUCGGCAAGAUGUUCAGGGCUUGAAGGGAGGCUUUCAGAUUCUGAACUUGCUGUCAGAAGCAGAGUGCGAAGCAUUGGUGACAGUCCUGGAAGAGCUUGGAUUCCAUACGGACGCAGCUGUCUCACUCCCUUACUCCUUCCGCCACAUGACGAAUUGCAACUUGUGUGUGCCUGAAUCCGUGGACGAGCUGCUGUACAAACGCUGCGAGCAUCUGCUUCCGAUGAUUGCUGGCUACAAGCCUGUCGGCCUCAAUGCCAAGUUUCGUUGCUACAGAUAUCAGCCUGGCGAUUACUUCAAACCGCAUACCGAUGGAGCUUGGCCGGGUUCUCGUGUCACAGAGAAGGGCUUUCAGAGCGAUGCCUUCGGAGACCGCUAUAGCCAAUUGACCUUCCUAAUUCUGUUGACAGAUGACUAUGAGGGAGGGGCCACGCGCUUUCUGCUGGAAGAUGAUUCAUCUGUGGCUGUGAGAACUCCGCGUGGUGGCGUCCUGGUCUUUCCUCACGGAUACCACCCGGAUAGCCCGCUUCACGAGGGUUCGCCCAUCCACUCUGGUGUGAAGUACAUCAUUCGGACCGAAGUCUUGUAUCCUCUCGAGGCACUCAAGAAGAUGCGCCACCCCUGA